AUGGCCAAUAUGAUUGAUAAUGAUGAUGAUGAUCGUCUUAUUGAUGCUGAAGAUUCCAGUACAGACGAUGAUCAACAAGAAGAUGAAGAAGAACAAGAACAAACACUUUCAUUACCAACUGUAGCUGGUAGUGGAAAACGUAAAAUAAAAAAAUCUGAUAUGAAAAAAAAUAAAUUAGUUACAAUUCAACCUGGUCUUAUACGUUUAUCUGGUUUACCAUAUGGUUUUUUUGAACGUGAAUUAUAUUCAUAUUUCUCUCAAUUUGGUGUUGUAACACGUUUAAAAUUAAUACGUUCAAAAAAGACAGGUGGUAGUCGUGGUUAUGCUUAUGUUGAAUUUGAAGAUGAAGAUGUUGCACGUAUUGCAUCAGAAACAAUGAAUGGUUAUUUAAUGUUUCGUUCAUUAAUUAAGUGUCGUUUGAUGGAUAGAAAUAAAAUUGAUACAGAAAAAUUAUUUAAAAAUUGGAAACGAUUAUUUACGGUGAAAACACCAAAACAAAAACGUGCACUUUAUAAUCGGAUUAAAUCCAAAGAACAAAUUGAAAAAAGUAAUCAACGUCGUGCCAAAAAAUUAUUAAAACAACAAGAAAAAUUAGCAGCAGCUGGAAUUAAAUAUGAAUUAACAGAUUUUAUUCCAUUGAAACUAACCAAGAAAAAACAAGAAGAAGAAAAGUCUCAAGUAUCAGAGAAGAAACAUGAGCCAACAUCUAACAAAACAAUCAAGAAAAAAAGUGUGAAAAAAUAA